AUGUCGGAUCCUAAAACUGAUCAUGAAGAAGAACAACCACCUGUCAAAGAAAAAGAGGAAAAAGAGGAACCAAUCAAAGUUAAUAACUCAAACCUUGUGGAAUUAAAAAACGCCUGUGAUGAUUACAUUCAGAAGCAUACCGAUUUUAAAUUAAUAUUUGGAUAUUUAUCUUGCGCGUUUGCUCUUUACGGUGGUUAUUAUGGACACGUAACACCAUUUAACGAAUCAAAAGAAAUUACGCUUAUUUGUGUUGUCUCAUACUUUGUUUUAAACUUUAUAUUAGUAAUCUAUACAUUCCUAUUUGAAAAAGAUAUCAUAUUCUUGGGUGAAAAAAAUACACCAGAUAUGAAAGAACGUCUUACAAUCCAUACAAAUACUAAAAAGUAUUCGGAUAUUUAUAAUAUCACUUUUGAAUUUCAUGGAAAUAAUUCAUCUGGAAAAACUAUAGUUUCAAAACACAAAAUAUCAAAAUCUUUUGGUAAUUGGUUUGAUGUAAAUGGAUUAAUGAGUACUGAAUUAUUUGAGAAAGAGCUGGCUAAUGGAUUGGAACUUGUAAAAAGUGGAAAAUCACAUCUUCAGUAA